CACGCAAUGGAUGAAAAGCAAAGAAAUCAAGUCAGCACGGUGGGUAGUGUUCGGAAACAAAUUUUGACAGCUCUAUUAGCGACAAUUCCAACAUUAACUUACGGUAUUCAAUUGGGAUGGUUGUCACCGAUGCGUCAGCUGCUUAAAUCACCCACGGGUCCAGCAUCUCCGCCAAUAACCGAUGGCACAAUAUCGUGGAUGGCGGCGGCGUUACCGCUCGCCGCGAUAUUAGGAGUACCCUUCUUCAGCUAUAGCUCUGACAAAUUUGGGAGGAAGAUCUGCAUUAUUGCUAUAUCGCUGCUGCAUUCUAUAUCAUGGACAAUAAAACUAACAUCAGUAACCCCAACAUCACUUAUAAUCGCUCGUGCGAUCGGCGGUCUCGGCACUGGUGGAUGCUUCGUAGUAAUACCGGUCUAUAUCAAAGAGAUAUCUCAAGACUCGAUAAGAGGGGCUUUAGCCUCUCUCACGAUGACUAUGUGCAAAGUCGGCGUCAUAUUCGUGUAUGCUGUUGGCAUGUGGAGCUCAUACAAAGGGAACCAGGCAGUGUUUUUGACAAUUGCUGUGUUACACGUGAUUGUUUUUUGUUUUCUGCCUGAAUCGCCGAACUAUUCGUUGAGGUUGGGUAAAGAAAAGAAAGCAUCCCGUACAAUAGCCUGGCUCCGCAGCGUGCCCGAAACCCUCGUAACCAGUGAACUCAACAAGCUGAAGGAAGAGCAACAGCAAUACGAGACCGCGAGCAAAGUCAGUCUACUUAGUGCAAUGCGUGACCGUACCGUGUUCUCGGCGUUACGUAUGACGUUGACCUUAAUGGCGAUGCAGACGCUAUCCGGCAGUUUCGCUCUGAUGAACUUCGCAGCAGAUGUCUUCGAGAGGGUAGAUGCGCAAUGGAGCCCUAACACAUUAGCCUUGUUCAUGGGGUCUCUACAAUUGGCUGGGUCGUUUUUCACUACAAUGUCCAUUGAGAGGUUUGGACGGAAGAUUCCGCUGGCCUGCAGUUCUCUUGCAGUUUCAAUCUGCAUGAUAUCGCUAGCGACAUGCUUCCUUGUCGGGAUGACGUCGAGUUGGCCGCGCGUUGCGGCUGUGUGUAUUGCAAUACUCGCGUACGGGGUCGGCCUUGCCCCCGUGCCUAUGGUUAUUAUGGCAGAAGUGUUUCCUUUCGAGCUCCGUGCACGCAUGGCAGGAGUAUCCAUGGCAUUCUCCUUCUUCUGCAGUUCAAUGACAGUCUUAUUUUACACACCGAUCGCGAACUCAUUUGGUGAACAUGUCGUGUUCUAUACAUUUGGGGCAGUAACAUUGUUCGGCGCAAUCUAUACUGUGUUAUUCGUGCCUGAGACGAAAGGGAAAACUCUAAAAGAGAUUCAGGCAUAUUGGAAGAAGGAGGAAGAACCAGUGUUUGUAUAAUAAUAAUAAUUGGAUGUGGUGUAAUCGAGAUGACUGGAACUGAAAUUAAAGGAGGUUACGAUUUUGCAUAAGUUUCAGUAUAGGUACUGUGGAAUGAAAUGGAAGUGAAUUUUUGUGACGAAAUUGUACAUAGCAUAAUGAACAUGUAUCAUUUCAAAUUAUUUCGAAGCGUGACGUCCACAGGGAAUAAAGCUCCAAUGUAGUUGUUAAAAAUCUUAUUGUAUCUUUGUCAUACUACAACGUUUAUAGACUUGGCAAUGUUUAUAGAGUAAGGUGUGUUAUUUAGCGCUUUUGUGCAACGCUGCGUUUGUUAAGCGCAGGCCACACCGCUAACGAAGCUAGCUAAGUGGGCUUAGCUCAGUUAGUUUCAUGCAAAGCUAAGCUAAGAAAAUACAUAAUUACUCGUGACUAUGGACACGUGUGGGGUUGAGGGGCGGCAGAAGGGCGACAUUUUUUACAUAGCUAGCGGGAGCAUUGGGUUAGUUUAGUUAGCUCGAUUAGCUUAAUUCGCGGUGUGACCUGCGUAUUACUUAUUUUUUUACUUAAUUUAACAGAAUUUACAGAUUAUGCACAACGGCAUCGAAACUGUACUUAAACGUAUUAAAUAGAAAAGUGUAUACAGGUAAUUUCACUUCCAGGAGUUAUUUCCACGCAAAUUGUUUUAAUUUUUUAUCACAUUUAUCUGGUGCCCGCGACUUCGUGUGCGUAGAAAAAGUACUUCGAGUAACGUUCUCUAUACAAACUGUCAUCCCCUAUUUCACCCCCAUUAUGAUUUAUUUUUGGGACAAAAAGUAGCCUAUGUCCUUCUCCUAGGUCCUAUGUAUCUCUAUACCAAAAUUCAUCAAAAUUGGUUCAGCGGUUUACUUUCGCAAAUUUAGUAUAACAAACAAAAUGUCUUGCACGUUAUAUGAAGUGAGAUUUUUGUAUGGUACACGGAACACCGGAUUAUUUUCGGCGAUUUGACAGUGUCAGUGUCAGUUCCUAUAGCAAAAAAGAGCUGUUUAAUUAUUCUUCUUUAUCCUGGCCUUAUGGCCAAUUUUCUUUGAGGUCGGCCCUCUAAAUGCGCGUGCCGGCGCACGCACCUUUACGUAAACUCAGGGUCUACAUCACACACAUCGUCUUCAUGUCUCUUUGGACGGUUCCAAUCGAAGUGGUCUGGGGUCUGCCUGGUCGUUGACAAGAUUUUUUUUUUGUCAUAUGGCUGUCAUCCCUACGCAUUACGUAGGGAAAGUAUUAUAUGUAUAAGUAUAAUAGUCACGUCUUUAUGAUGAGAUUAAUAUAUAAAUUUUAUAUAACUAAAUAACCUAUAAAAAACCAUAUUUACGGAACUUCAAUUAGGUAUAAUGUAUUAUAAUAAUAUAGCUUGUCUCCAAACGGGGGAGACAGGACCAAACGAGAAUAGUUAGAAGGGUAUAUAUAACACUUAAGUCAUCGUUACGUGUAAAAGCAAAAUUUGACACAGGUGUGUAAGUGUAAUGUUAUGACAUUGCAAGUUCUCCGAGCCAUAGUGGGUCAAGGUUCACUCAUCGACGGUUUGUCCAUGCAAAAACCACAUUAAGUUUAGUUAGCAUCGACGUUGUGCGUGUUUCCAUACUAAUCGUGCUCGUCUUCACUCUUAUUGGACACGUGUUGUAAUUUUAAUAAUAGAAAUCCCAUUUUAAAUCUAAGGUUCAAUUUACUUUGCCGUGGAAUGGAAUGGAAGCUAAGUUUCGUAACGAAAUAGUGCAUUGCAUGAAGAAUUUUAUAUCAAUUGUGUAACGUACAAACUGUAUUGUGUAACCUAAAAACAGACUGCGCAUCUCCCGGAGCAUUCUCGCGCGUUCUCGAAAGUUCCCGCAGCUACCGUCUCGUACAUGUACAUACAAAAAAUUCCAUUUCCAAUUCCAUUCCAUUCUGCGGCGAAGUAAAUUGAGUUUAUAAUGGAAAUUAAGAAUUGAUUUAUAGAUAAUAUAAACCUUGGGUCCGAAGUGAAAAUCGGUACGUUCCAACACUGGGUCUCCAGAAAAUGCGGCGUUAGUGACCUUUUGGCUAUCGUAGCUGGCACCUCACAAUGUAUAUUUACUUUUAGUUUUUGUAAAUAAUUUAUGUUGUAAUUUUAUUUUGUUUCAUUUGUAAUUUUUUUUGUUGAAAUUUUGUCGACCAUUUAAAUUUUUUAAUUUUAUUUUGUCGUUUUAAUCUAUUCUUUUUUUUAUAUUCUUUCUCAUUAUUACCUAUUUUACUUCUGUGUUAUCAUUCAUGGUAACAAAUAAAUCGUCGGCUGAAUUCAAAAACCUCUCAACUAGGUACGUUUCUGGGUGACAUCCUUUCUUUAUUCUCCAAGCGCAAUGUCGGGCAAUUAAAGCUUAAAAUAUUUGUAGAACUUUUAGUUAUAAAGGUAUAAUCAUAUGUUGUCACUGGAUUGUCAUAUAAUUUCUAGUAAUUCUGUUAUUUGUGCCCAUUCAAAAUUCGCAUUAACGGGGGUUACCAGGUUUAUGAAUUUAGCCGACGAAAUGACUUCACAGAUGUCAAAAAAUCAAUGGCAAAAGUUCAAAAGUAAGGAAAUAAUAAUAACUUGUCA